AUGAGCACGAAACAUCAUAAAGACAUUUCUUUCAGAUUAACAACUUUCUUUCUGAAAGUCGUCGGCCUGUGGUUCCGCACUACCCGCGUUGAAAAGUGGCUGAGAAAUGCUGUAGUGGUUUAUAGUAUUUUAACACUCGUCUUCUCUAUAUGGAUCCACUGGAGAGAACUUUAUUUCUCUUGGGGAGACUUUAACAUCUCCUCUCACAUCGUGUUGAAUAUAUUGGUACUGAACAUGGACUUGCUUAAAAUUGUAAUUAUAUUUAUACACAAGGAGAAGUUUUUUCGUUUAAUUGUACAUAUGCAGAACAAUUUCUGGCAUUCCAAUUACGAUCAGUACGAGAACUCAAUUCUAGCAGAUACGAAACGAAUCUGCAUCUACUUCGUCUGCUUCUUCUCAUUCUUCUCUCAGUUUACGUGUUUUUCCUACAUAAUCAACCCACUUAUGUCAAAUAUUGGAAAGAAUAAGUCAGAAAGGGUACUUAUGUUUGAUAUGCAUAUGGAUCUACCAUUGUCUAUUUCACCAUAUUAUGAAAUUAUGUACUUGAUACAGGCAUUGGCUUUGUACCAAAAUGACGUAUGUUAUCUUUGCAUCGAUGACAUAUUUUGCAUUAUGUGCUUACACGUAGCUAGUCAGUUUCGUAUAUUGCAAUAUAGGAUGGAGAAUGUUCUAAGUCCAAAAGACAAAGAUAAACUUGAUCUGGACGCAAAUGAAGAUGUCUCGAAUAAGUGCUACGCGAUAUUUAAAAAUUGCAUACAACAACAUCAAACUCUCAUUGAAUUCUCUACGACGCUCGAGGAGAUAUUUACAAUAAUCGUACUCAACCAAGUGUUAACGUUUAGUACAUUAAUUUGUUUCGUCGGAUAUCAAACGCUUUUGGUGGAUUUGACACUUUCAUGGCGCAUUACUCUUGGAUGUUUCUUAUUGACUAACAUAUUGCAAUUAUGGAUCUUCACGUAUAGUUGCGAUUUCAUGGCGCGAGAAAGCACAAAUGUUGCUAAUGCUGCGUACACUGCACCAUGGACAUAUUUACCAAUGGACAGAUUUGGAAAAAUGAUACGACAGGAUUUGCAAAUUGUAAUGAUGAGAUCGAGACGAGCCUGCUAUCUCACCGCCUGCGGUUUCUUUCCCAUAUCGCUUGAAACUUUCACCAAGAUUAUGAGUUCCGCAAUGUCAUAUUUCACUAUACUAAAGCAGCGAACAGUGGAUACAGCGGCAUAACUCCUCCAGAUUUCAUGUUAGAUGAUUUUCUGUAUACACAUGUUUUAAGUACUGCAGCAUCGUACUUUACGUUGCUAAAACUGCGUGUAGAAGCAAUUUCGUAAUAUAUGUUAAUCGUAA